AUUAUUUUUACAAAAGAAAUUUCUUCUGUUCCUUGUAAAUUGUCAUUGAUCAAACACAACAUUCGAAAGUGAACGGCAAUCAAAUAAGCCAUAGCUUUACCUUACGUAGCGUUGUGCGCAUGCGUACGGGAAGUAACUCACAUUGAGGAAAAAAAAUGGCGGUCCUCCUAACGAAAACAUCGACUGCAUGAUUGCUUCACAACGUGAAGUUCACGGAGUCUGCUUUUUAUAUUUUUCUGAACUUUUUCAUAUGAACGGAAUUUUCAGACUGCAAACACAAUGAGUGAAGAGGAGCCACCACACCCUCGAUUUAAAGGCCGCACUUACAGUCGCACAAGGCAAAGUGUGGCCAGUAGAGCAUUUGAUGAGGCAAUGGACAGCAAAACUGUUCCUGUGAAAGCUGCCAUGUCCGUCACAAAAUGGGGAAAUGCCAACUAUAUUCCUUUAAGAGGUUCUGCGGAUGGGGCUUCAGAAGUGAAGAAAAUGAAACUCGAAAGUAAAGGUGAAGACCCCUUCAGCUUUGAAACAGAGGAUAAGAGAAAGAGCCCAACGAAAAAAGACUCUGCACCUCCCCCCGAUAUUCGUCAGACCACUCGCCUUCCAGCAUCAAGGAUUGUUGUAAAAGGGGAGGGAAAUGCCAACUUUGAGAAAAAUGCUGAAGAGAGAGAGACGACAAAGGCACCAGCAUUCCGCACAUACUCAAGGACGACUCCCAAAAAACCCGUGAUAAUGGAUCAGUUUGUGGAAGUUGGAAAGACCACUGUCACUGCUUCAGGAGAGCAAGUUUUUCUUCCUUCGACCCUCAGUCCUAAGAAGGAAAUGAAGAACAAGGAAGAAGAUGAUGAUGAUGACAUUUUCCCUGUUCAGUUCAAGAGGGAUCCUCUGAAAACUUACUCUGGUGAAGUAGUGACCCCAGUGGACAAACCGGAUUCUCCCCCACCCAGGAAGUCUAGCUAUAAGCGCAAGGGCGGUCCGAGAGGUAGAAAACCUCUGACUGUGACUGAUCCUGACUUGAUAGAAGAAUAUAAGAGAAACUAUGCUGCUCAGCAGCUGAAAGGGAAACCCGAUACCUCGACAGGCGGCCUAAACAACAGUAUGGUGGUGUCUAAGAAAGAAGUGGCCAAUGAAGACCAGGGCACCACUUUGGUUGUUGUUUGCAAGCCCAAAGCUCAACUAGAGAAAGGAGAAGUUCAAACCAAAUAUUUUACCAAGAACGCUAAAAGUACUAAAGGCAUUGUUGUUCCUGUAGCUCCUGAUUCUGCGUCCUCCCAAGAAACUGUUGUCAGCGGGGAGAAUGGGAACGGUGAAGCCUCAGAGUCCUCAACGCCAAACUCUGAUGCUGUGCCCACUCGCAGCAGCGCUCGCCUGAAAGCCACACCUAGUGUUGCAGCACACGUCGAAGGCUCUCCUUCCACCCCCGGCAGCACCAGCAGCCUCACAUCCUCCUCCUCCCCAGUGUCCCCAGUGAAGCGCGGCACACGAGGUAGAACCUCUGACGCUGACUGGGGGUCUGCUCAGUCCGGGACGACUACCUCGGCUGCAUCUAGUGAUAAUAACUCUCAAGGCGACGGGUCCUCAGGGAAGACCGGGAAACGGUAUAGAAUAUUCAAAUCUCGUGCCCCUGCCCCUGCCCCAGUGGUGGAAGACGAAUUGAAACCCCCAGUUUUCAAAGAUGAAUUGGAGGAGAGUCCAUUGCCUAGCAGUGAUCAGGCUGUUGAAAGCGAAAGCUCAGAGCAGGUUGCCUCUGAAAAUAACGAAAAAAUUGAGGAAGAGCCGUUUGAAGAAGAAAGUAUGGACACUGGUGAAGCUGAAGAAAAGUCUCCCUCUUUCACUCCAGAAGAUUCAUCACAGUGUGCAGACAGUGGUGAAAUUGGUGCAGGAGACGUUGAGGACGAUUCGUCCAACGUAAAACCUAUCAAUCCAGCAGCCGCCAGAGAGUCUCUGGCUGCUCGUCUCAGGAAUAUGGAAAAGGGCAACGAAUCUGAUUCCACUGAGCCAGAUAAUGUGUCAGAGUGUUCAGAAAACUUUCAGUCCCAGGAGUCCCCAUCCAAUAGUCAGUCUACAGCGGAGGAGAACAGCCAGAAAGAGGCAUCUAAUGUUGGAGCUGUCCGUAGAUUUUUCAAGAGUAAAAAGUCGUCGUCAUCUGGGUCAGAUUUACAGAGGAAAAUUUUUAGUGGAAGUCCUCAGAAGUCUCCAGCAAAAGCUACAUACAAUGCUCGGUCUUGGAACAAUGAUUCUGAAAGAGAUGGAGAAAAAGAGGGACCAGUUCCCAAAGGCAGCAAAAGGAAUAAUAAGACAGAUGAUGACGACAUUGUUCUGGUGAAAAAUUUGAAUAAGUCUCAGUUGAAAAGAGAAGUGCAUUGGCCAGAGACCAAGUUUGAUGAGGCGUAUACGUCGCUGCGAGUCAGCAAGACACACAAAGAACUGUACACCGUUGUCCACAAUGUUAAGCAGACUCAUGAAGUGCAGGAGCUGGGGGAGACUCAGGAUUUCAUGGACGACGUCGAUUACCUCCUGGACAGUCUGCAGGACACUAAGUCCACCUCUAUCCGUUGCCUUAGUUGCCUAAAGCUUGCUGGCAAGUGUAUUAUGCCUGCAUUCCGUAUGCAUAUCAGAGCUCAUGGAACUGUUACCAAAAUUUUCAGUUUGCUUCACGAUGCCUGUACUGAUCCAAGUCUCGCCUUGAGUACCUCCGCCAUGAUGUUCAUGUUGAGUCGUGAUCGCCUAAAUAUGGACCUGGACCAAGAGAGCCUCAAUCUGAUGCUGAGGCUCAACGAAGUGGACGCUGCGGACAAGUCCUCGGUGGAUGCUUCCAGCUUGAGGGAGCUUGAAAAGACAAAGCAACGUGUUCAGGAGCUGUUGGCGCAGCUUCAGCAGGAGACAAAUGCAAGAGAAAUUGACCUUGGUUUUGUAUCGACUGGCAACUUAGCUAUGGAGUCACUUCUCAGUUUAACCUCUCGGAGGGCUGGGGAGUGGUUCAAAGAAGAGUUGCGGUCGGUUGGUGGAUUAGAUCACAUUGUUGACUCUGUGGCUGCAUGUGAGAAAAGUCUUCCAGAGAAUAUGUCAAAAGAUAUUUACAAGGUUUUGCCUAUCCUCCGCAAACUGGAUAGGUGUUUGCGUGUGCUAGAAAAUAUAAGCUUACAGAAUGAAGACAAUCAGAACUACUUGAUCUCUUACAAACAAGCCUCUUUGUUAUCAUCCUGCAGCCGAACUCUGCGCUUGUGUCAACGACAUAUGGGCGAGUACAAAGUGCUAGAAAAUCCAGAGGAGGACAAGGCUGUGAAGGAUCUGCCUGGAUACACUAUCCUCACGUGCAUGCUGGCAGUUCUGAGGGUGCUGCUCAACAUUACACAUGAACGCAAGCUCGGUAACUUUAAAGAGUCAGAAGAAACUUCCCUGAUGGAAGCCAUCGUGAGGUGUUUGACUGGCACUCAGUGGUGCAUUCCAGUGGAGCAGCGCUUUGAUCUGUCCAUCUUGUGCUUGGGUCUGCUGAUCAACCUUGUGGAAAACCAGGUGGCUAACCGCAAGAAAAUGAUGGAGAUGACCACACAAGUGAAGUAUACAGAGAAAGCUCAGGCAAAGACGAUGCAUGUGUUCAAUGCUGUUGUUCAGUUGUUUGUCCAAAGAGAGGAGGCAGCCCGGGAGAUGGAGGAAGACACUGAGGGUGCCCCUGACACCUCUACAGCCGAAUCUCCCAAUAAGAGUGGCGAGUGGAAGGAGUCUGACUCUGGCAUUCAGUGGAUAACCAGCAACUUGAAGAAGGCGAAGGAGGAGCAGGAGAAGGAAAAGGAGAAGGAGAAACAGUCGGAGUCCAAAAUUGUGGAAGAAGAGGGGAAUCAGAGCAUUCUGGAAGACGACGAGGAAACAUUCACCAAAGCACUCCACAAAGCUGGAAAACACAUGGAGAACAGCAUUGUGGCUUCAUAUGCUGGACUCUUGCUGGGAACCACCAUCAUGGAUAACAAGGAGUAUGCUGACAAGCUUAAAGAGCUCAUUCCAAACAGUGAUCUUGGUCCAAUGAUUAAAAUACUGAAAAAAUUCCUUAACUUCAUGAGUCUCACGACGGCAUUUGGCAGCACUGAUGUUAAUGGCAUCACCCGUGUUAUUGAUGUCCUAGAGUCUGCAUGAUUGUGCCCACUGCUUGUUUUGAUAUGAUUUGUUUUUGUGUAUAGAUUUCUUCUUUGAGUGGAUAAAAAAAAGUUGAGAAGGAGAUUGACUGGAGUGGUGUAACCUUACUGUACAUAUAGCAGAUACCUCUUUUUUCCACACGCCGGUAAAUGUUCAAGACAGUUUUCUAUUCAGAUUCGUAAGACAGAGGAAAGUGUGACAUCAUUUUAGGAAAUAAAUGUUUGAUAGUAUGCCUGGCUCAUCCAGUUGACGUGAACAGUACCAUGAGUAUAAGUUGGAGGAAUAUAUUUAUUUGAAGUGGCAUUUAAUUGAAUUUAAUUGAAAGGUUUUACUGUGCCAGCAAAAUUCCAGUGAGAGGGAUGGCUGUUCAUUUUUGUAAUUAUUUUCAUUCUCAAACUUCAAGGCAGAUUAUUGCUAAGAGAAUAAAUGGGUAUUUCUUUUGUGUGUUUUGUUUUUAAAAGUUUUUUCGUGCGAUUAUUUUUAUGUUGAUAGACAGUAGGAAUUUUUAAAUUAAGUUGCUCAUUUUAGAAAAAUGUGACACCCAUGCUUGUUCCAUCCUGUUCUUCAAAAGAAUUGUUUCGUCAUCUCUUUGUCAGCUCUGCAAGGGGUGAAAACUGUUGCAGCCUACUGCAGUUAUGUUUAGAUAUAUAUAUAUGCAUUUUGUAGCUCGUAAUGCAACAUUGAGUGUUAGCUGGAGUUCUGUUUGCUUUUUUUUUUUUCUUGUUUUUUUUUUUUUGGCAUUUCGUCUUUUGAAGUUUGAAUGGAAUUGAAAUGACUGAAAAGAUUGACUGUGAACGGAAUUUAUCUGACCUAUCUUUUUCUGAUACUAGUUGGUCCUAUUGUAUUACAUUUUUACUCUCUCGUGAGGAAUUUUGUAUUGCCUUUACUAUUGUUUUAAAAGACUGUCCUACCUACAAAACUUAAAAAAUCGACUCUGAACUUGUGUUUCUAAUUUAAAGGUUGUUUGAUUUAUGUACUUGCUUUUCUUGUUUCUCCGAGUUCCUGUUAAGCAUUUCCUUUUUUGUUUUUCAAAAGAUGUUGCCUUGGCUUUUAGAAAUUUACUGUUUACUGUUUUGUUUUAAAAAAUGCCCUUGUAUAAUGACAUCUGAUUAUUGUCGAGCAGUAAUGUACCCUAAAGAUAAAACUUUGUUAAUGAAAGAUGUACAGUGGCACCACAGUAGAAUCCUGACAAUAACAAUUAAAUUUUUAAAUCCAUAAUUUUCUUAUAGUAUAUAUUGUAAUAAUUACCUUGGACAGUGAUGACUAUUGAUGAAAAGCACAGGAAUGCAGCAUUUCAGAGCAUCGGAUAGGUUCCAAUCUGGAUCAGCCGGCAAACAGUAUUUUGUCAGUCUGUACCUGGGUUAGUGUUAAGUGUGUUAUGUGGACCAAUCUGUUCUGAGACUUGCUUUCUGUUUCCUCACGGGCAAGUUUUUACUGGUCAGUGGCCAGGAGUUAAUUUCAUGAAAACGGCGAGAGCGAGAUUUGUUUAUGACGCCAUGGGGGGCGUGGAUCUAAGUUGAUAUGUGACCUUGAACAAUGGUGCAUGUUUUUUUGUUUUUUUAAAAAUCUCUUUUCACCGAAAUAAGUGUUCUCAUCAAGACAAGGUUUUGUGGUUUCCAGAAUCAGAAAAUUUUGCCUGCGUCUUCAGCCACUUCUGCUAAAUAUAUUGUGAAUAGGUGAGACUUCUCUUUGUUUGAGAUCAGAGGGUGGGUCAAGACUUUUGUUUACAGUUGUUUGGUAGUCCAGAGUAUUGUUUAGUUUUUUUUGUAAUGAGAAGCCUGUGCUUCAGCAAGGUUUUUCUUUCUUUUUGUUUUGUUUUGUGUAGAAUAGAAAAUGUGUGUUAUCAGUAACCUAAGAAAAUCAAUUUUCUUUCCUUUUCUUCUGUAAAGAGAAUAUAAUGGCAGCUGUAUGUGUUGGCCAAGUGCCUGUCUAAUGGGGAAGGGAUUUAAGUGUCUUUUCCUCUUCCACAACCAAUUUGUCUCCCUUGUUUAUUUAUUUUUUUUUCAAGUAAUGAGACCAUCAAGAACCCAUACAAAGGAUGUCACUUUUUGGCAUAUUUCGGAAAAAAAAAAAAAAAAAAA